AUGUCUGUUAUUUCUUCUUCUCUUUCAAUUCCCUUCUUAAUCAGAAAAUCUUUGCCGCUUUAUACUCCACCUUCCAUCGCUGUUUCCCUGAGAAAAGUUAAUGGCAAUAAGAGCCCAAAAUUUGUUUCGCUUUCAAUGAUGGGCAAUGUCGACCCGUACGCCAAGCCCGGGAAAACCCCGCCGGAGUUCCCGUCCGCUCCGCCACGGGCUCCGGACGUUCCGGACUUCGAUCCAAUUCCUCCUGAAAACCCCGGUGAUCCGCCGCCGGAUUUUCCAGGGCCAUCACCGCCGGGGGAUGAUCCGCCAGGCCCAGACGUGCCUGGGCUGCCGACGCCAGGAGAACCGGAAAUUAUCCCACCGCAUGAACCGGAUGUUAUACCGCCGGAGCUGCCGGAGCUGCCGGAACCACCAAAACCGUUGCAGCCGGACAUCCCUUCUCCAAUUAUGUUCGGAACUAUGGUCGUAAAUUAUUAG